ACAAAUCUCCCCGUAUUAUUUUCCUCCUCUCGCCGCUUCACUCUCCAGUUCAGCGGGUGGCGCUAAACACAUACGUUUGUUUGACAAACACCAUUAAACCUCAGAGGAAGAAGUUCAGUUUCACCGCGCUCUCUGUUGUUUUGUCGCGAUGCUGGUUUAAUACAAACGGUUAGAAAUGUUGUUUCUGUAAAUGGAAAAAUACCGUUUUGAAUCAGGUCAGUAAAUACCUGUAAUAUCCUCAUCCUCACAGCCGUGACUAAGUUAUUAAUCUGAACUAAUCUGAACUGAGAUCUGCUGCUGUGAAGAUGGAGUUUGUUAAAGAAGAGAGUGAAGAGAACACGAGUGAACCAGAAACCCGGAGAAUAAAACACGAGGAACCAGAAACCCGGAGAAUAAAACACGAGGAACCAGAAACCUGCAGAAUAAAACGAGAAGAACAAGGAGAGUUUAUUGAAGAAAGCGAGGAGAACGAGUUACUGAGUAAAGAUGAGGAGAAACAUCAUGACAAAACUGGAGAAAAACCUUGGUCUCAAACCAAACGGAAAGAUUUAGAGAAAAGAAGCUAUAAAUUUUUCACCUGUCAUCAAUGUGGAAAGAGUUUCACAAGAAAAAAUAGUUGUGUGCUUCACAUGAGAGUUCAUACUGGAGAGAAACCGUACACAUGUGAUCAGUGUGGGAAGAGUUUCACACAAUCAGGACACCUUAAACAUCACAUGAACAUCCACACUGGAGAGAAACCAUACAAGUGUUCACACUGUGACAAGAGAUUCAGUCGGUUAGGAUACAUAAAAGCACAUGAGAGGAUCCACACUGGAGAGAAACCAUACAAGUGUUCACACUGUGAAAAGAGAUUCAGUCGGUUAGGACACAUAAAAACACAUGAGAGGAUCCACACAGGAGAGAAACCGUACACAUGUGAUCAAUGCGGGAAGAGUUUCACACGAUCAGCAUACCUUAAAUAUCACAUGAACAUCCACACUGGAGAGAAACCAUACGAGUGUUCACACUGUGACAAGAGAUUCAGUUUGUUAGGAGACAUAAAAACACAUGAGAGGAUCCACACAGGAGAGAAACCGUACACAUGUGAUCAGUGUGGGAAGAGUUUCACACAAUCAGCAACGCUUAAAAAUCACAUGGACAUGCACACUGGAGAGAAACCAUACAAGUGUUCAUACUGUGACAAGAGAUUCUGUCGGUCAGGAGACAUAAAAACACAUGAGAGGACCCACACAGGAGAGAAACCGUACACAUGUGAUCAGUGUGGGAAGAGUUUCACACAAUCAGCAAUGCUUAAAUAUCACAUGGACAUCCACACUGGAGAGAAACAAUACAAGUGUUCACUCUGUGACAAGAGAUUCAGUCGGUCAGGAGACAUAAAAAUACAUGAGAGGAUCCACACUGGAGAGAAACCAUACAAGUGUUCACACUGUGACAAGAGAUUCAAUCAGUCAUCAAGUCUGAAAAGACAUGAGAGGAUCCACACUGGAGAGAGACCAUAUCACUGCACUGAAUGUGGGAAGUGUUUCAAACAGUCAUCAUCUUUACACAGUCAUACAAAAAACUAUCACAACAAGUAUUCAAGAUUCAGCUGAGAUUCUGAUAAAUUCAAUGUUAUUGUUCUGUAUGUGUGACUGCGAGGGACUGAUACACGAUAGUAGAGCUGACAUUAUCAAGUAUGUCACCGACAUUGAACAAGACAAGGUUUUGUUUGUUUGUUGCAAAGUCCAAAAGCAUUUACUGUGUGAUUAAGUCUAUUAAGGCCCCGGUAUACUUCAAACGUAGUUCAUUUUCGUUUGGGGGCAAAAAGAAGUUCGAAAAGGCUAAGCGACGGUAUACUGUUUCCGAAUAUACCUUCUCCUCCGUGCUGCUGGAGGCAGAGUGUAGAUUAAUGUAAACAUGACUCGCGUAUCUACUAAACACAACAACGAUGAAAUGAAGAAGUGUAGGCAAUCUAGGUGUGAGACGGCACCAAUGGUCAGAAUAUUAUA